AUGAGCUACCUCAAGCGUAAUGGAUCGUAUCCCAUCCAGUCCUCGGAUUACGCCCUACCCACGCGUUCCCCACGAAACCAAUCUGUCGAAGAAAACAAUGCAACUCUCCCAGCAUCACUCCGAGCCGUCAAAGACUCUAAGGACUCCAAAUAUCAUGGCCGCACCGUUGUAAUUUGUCUGGACGGCACAGGUGAUCGGUUCGAUAACGACAACAGCAAUGUUGUUCACUUCGUCUCCUGCCUCAAGAAACAUUCGCCAGAACAGCAGGUCACCUACUACCAGUCUGGGAUUGGGACAUACGACAAAGGCGGGCUGAAGAAUGGAAUUGGCGCCGCAUUGGACAUGGCAGUCGGGAGUGGACUAGGCAUUCACGUCAAGGAUGCGUAUCGCUUCCUCAUGCAAAACUAUCGCGAAGGCGACAAGAUUUGCCUGCUUGGAUUCUCCCGCGGCGCCUAUACAGUCCGGUGUCUGGCUGGCAUGCUUCACAAGGUCGGCCUCCUCCCCGCCAGCAACGGCGCACAGGUCAACUUCGCAUAUGAUUUCUACAAGGAUGAUUCACGUGAGGGUUGGAAGAUGAGUGCCGAGUUCAAGAAAACAUUCUGCACUAAUGUUGACGUCUACUUUGUCGGUGUGUGGGACUGCGUCGCAAGCGUUGGGUUCAUCCCCAGGAAGCUACCCUUCAGUAAGAGUCCCACGAAUUCGAUCCACUACUUCCGGCAUGCCAUGGCCCUUGAUGAGCACAGGUCCAAGUUCAAGGUUUCACAGUGGCAACAGCAGGACCCGGAUGCGAAAAACCGCGAUACCGUCGAUAAUACCCCCGCCGCUGAGAUGCAGCGAGGCCUUCAGCGUGGCUUGAAGCUCUUCCGCCGGAGUCAACGCCCCGCCUCUCCGAAAGCGAACGGUCACGCAAACGGCACACCAACCACGAACGGCGUAAGUCCUCGGCGUUCUACGACGGAAGGAAAAGGGCUUCUGCGCUCCAAUACCACCGAGGAGCAGGAGAAGCUUGAAGCGUAUUUCGAGGCUUAUGAAGACAGCCAUGGCCCGCGCAAGCGAAUUCAGACCAAUGCCCUCGAGGUCUGGUUCAUGGGAGCGCAUGCCGACAUUGGUGGUGGGGCCGUCGCGAAUGAAGAGCGGCAUCGUCUCUCCGGUAUCCCGCUCCGUUGGAUGCUCCGGCAAUGCUUCGACUGCAAUACAGGCAUCCUCUUCGACACCGCAAGUCUCGUAGAGCAGGGCCUAGACAUCCACACCCUCUUCCCCGUGUAUCACCCACCGUCGAAGCCCGCCUGCGGCCCACCACCCGCGCUCAUGGAGCGGUACGAGAAGAAGCAAGUCCCGGCCCUUCGCUUCCGUCACGCAUUACUAUCCAUCGGCGACGACCCGCUCGACCUCAGCCACCCCUUCUUCGCCAAAGAAAGCCGGCAUCGGCACCUUGCGCUGCUCUCAGAGUCCACAGAGAACCACUUCGACGCCAUGUCGCCCGUCAACGACCAACUGAAGCAGGCGAAGACAUGGUGGAUCCUGGAGUUCUUGCCCGUCAAGAUGCGUGUCCUGGCGCGCAGCGGGGAGGGCUGGGAGAAACGGGUGCGUUGCAAUAUGGGGCGGUAUCGCGCAAUUCGCGAGACGGACCCUAAGAUGCACUGGACGGUGCAACAGAUGGUGGAUGAAGGGAAGUACACGAUCAAGGGCAGAGUGGAUCGGAAUACGGUGUGGCAGAUUGUUGCAUAG